AUGGGGCCGGCCAGAGAUUCCCCGGAUCAAUCUCCUCCUUCAGCCUCCAGGUCGCUACCCUUUCGCAAUGGAUCCAGAGCUGGCUCGACCAACCUCAGAACCCUUUACCGCAUCUCAGCGCAAGAUGUUGCUGACCACCAGCCGGAGGAACACUCUUACCACUCUGUGACUACGGUCCUACCUACCUCACCAAACCUCCCUCCUACACCCCCUGGCGCGAACAAUGAAACUAGCCCAUCGGCUCCAGAAGAGGCGGCUUCAUCUUCAGAUGCUGCAGUGUUUAGAUCCAGCUUAGUGACACCCAUAAACCAGAACAGCCCGCCGACCCCUGACAACACUCCUCCUCGGCAACGUUACGGGGCACUUCCCCGGCGCCCAUUGCUAGACCCACAGCCAUCCAUAGCCUCAACGCAUGCAGAAUCCUUCAAGACCGCUAAUGAAGACUUCACGUCAGAAGGAGAAUCUGACCGCUAUACGCCACGCCCGGAUAAUGGCUUCAAAUGGCCAUUGAGUUCCAUUGACAGGUUUGGAGCAGCGUCUCAUCGUCUGCGGCACAGCUCUUUGCCUAGAUCACCUCUAGCCGAGCUUUACGGAGUACACCCUGCUGUCAGUCAGUCUCCAGAACCUUUAGUCGAUCAUUCGCACGUGAAUCCAAGUGAGACCCAUGGGGUGCCAGAGGCUUGCCCUCAGAAUCAGACAUCAGGAAAGAGUAGCGACGCACUUUUCAACAGCGAGGAAAUCCGCAUACAUCUUGACCCCCUUCAGUUGUCUCUAGCUGAGGAAACCGAACCGACUCAUCUUGUUCGGCACAGUACUGGCCAGCCCGAUUUGAAACGGGGCAAGAGUUUGCGCGAAAGACUUUUGGAGGCGCAGAGCCAGGAUCCAUCAGCAUCGACUGAGAAGUUUGCAAACAUCAUCGGCUGGAACAAUUCCGUGCCAAUCGAUGAAGUAGCCGGAGAUCGACAAGUGGAAGUCGAUGACAAUCGCCGUUUUUCGGGUAUUUCCACAACUUCGACUGUGGAAGCAUAUGUCUUCGAACAAAACUCUUUGCCGCGACGAAAAACGACGUUGCGCCAUGUCAGCAAGCACCAAUCCCUUCGUUCUGUGAGCUCGCCCUUGCCAGCUUCGAACAGGAACUCCAUGAAUUCCGCUUCAGACUCACCUCAUCGUCUUGUUCACAAAAAGGCGAGACUGAGCAAUCAAAAUCGCUGGAGUUUUGGAUCCGAAGCAUCGAGAUCUUACAGCCUGGCAUCAAGCGCGGUGCUCCCCAAGACCGAAGUCAUCCGCGUGGCGGUGAUUCCGGAGAGAAGCUCCUCCUUGAGCUCCUCUGCUCACACUAACCAGCGGCAAUCGCUUUCGAACAGUUCUGGACCUUCUCAAUUUCGCAAGACGUCCGACAACCCACCCUCUUCCUGGCAACACAAAAGGGCGUUUUCUGAGUCUUCUGACCGUGGCAGGGAACAACACCAGGCCCCUCUGAUCCCUCCUCGUAGCUCCUCACUGUCCGCACCUACAUCCAGAAGCACGUCACGAGCCAACUCUAUCACUUCAGAGCAUCUGCAUGUACGCAGACAACAAGCCGAGAAGGACUUACGCAAGACCUUGGACAGGAUGGAAUCAGAGCGACUUGUCAAUAGCCUGAGAGACUGGGAGGUUAUAGAUGGAAAUAAACGACUCGACAGAUCUUCGGGGACUUCUAAGCCGCAAUCCUCCACACUUCCAAGCAAUCUGAAAGUUGUUUCUGCUGGCGAAGGUGAGGCAAUAGCAAACCCGCUAGGUUUGGUGAUGCCCGGAACAAAGGAAUGGGCGGCACUCCGACCACCGUCUAUCUUCGACACACCCUUCUCACAACCUUCUUUCCAGUCAGGAUCUCCUGAGAUCAGUGAAGCACGGGCGAUCAACUACUUCCCCCACAAUAACUAUUCUGUGCAGCUCAUUGAACCGUUUCCUGUAGCGGAGUCAAAAGCGGUCCAGGAGGUACAGAAGCAAAAGCUUCCAGAAAUCGAAGUAGAGUCACCGUUGCGCAACCCUCGACAGCCGCCUGAGCCACCACAAUUUAAGCUGAUUCCACCCACUCCUGCCGAUGAGGAAGUCAAGAAGCAGUUGGGGGAAGACAGAAUCGAUACUGUUCAGCGGCCAGGCGGUUCUCGACGACGGUCCGAGUCAUUGAUGAGCUCCCUUUCACGGAAUUUGAGCCUUAAAAACGCGCGCAAUCGCAAGGCUGAUCAGGAUCUUGACGGAAGCCUGCAUCCAUUCUGGCGGCCUCGCGCCUUUUGGGACGACGUCGAUAAUCCUCGCCCUGAAUCGCAACCUCAGGAACGGUCUCUGGAUCGUGAGAUCGUGAACAAUUCUCUUGGAUUGCCUCAGGAGAGGACCGUCAUAAUGGGUCCAGUAUCCCUGAUCCGACGAAUAUCGCAGCGACGCAAGCAGAAGAGAGGGAUUGUGAAACAAUCCAGCCAUUCCAGUCUCGCUAGAUUGCAAGCGAGCCGUAAACUACACAAGUUGUCGGGCUCGGCACUGCGGUUGCAUAUUUCCUUGGUAGGGAUUAAGAAUAUUCAAGAAAGGCUGUUGAAUGCCAAACAACGGAAAGAGGACGAGAAGAGAGAACGGCGGCGGGCCGAUCUUCGACGCAGCAUUGGAGCUUACGUGAUUUCACAAGGAGACUCGAGAUUCCCAGCCAGCAAUACGAGCCUUUCACGGGAUGUCUGA